CAGCUUUCCCCCAUAAGAUCCUGUCUCCCUCCCCCGCUCCCCUCCCUCUGCCCUUUCCUUGCGAGCGGAGCCGCUGCUGUCGGCGCGGGACGGGGCUGAGCCGCUCGGGGCGGCGGGGCAUGGGGACGGGGCUCUGGGCUCCAUCCGGCCGGGCUCAGCCCCCAGCCCUGAGCCUGCAGCCCGGUGCCCGCCGGGCAGCGCUGCCGUGAGCCCGCGGGGCCGCCGGAGAUCCUGAACUUGGUGAUUUAUUCCCCCCCCACCCCCCAUCCUUUGGUGCUUCCGAAGAGCCGGUUUUCAGCGAGAGGGAGACUGGGGGAGGAGGAGGAAUUAAGGAAGGGAAAAGAUGGCGAGUUGCAGGAGCAGCGUGGAGCGGGCAGCGUUUUUGUGCUGCUUCUUGCUGGCGAUGGGGAGCCUGAGCUCCUGCGCCCGGCCCGAGGAGGAGGAAGAGCAAGAAGAACAGCGCUCCUGUCACGGUGCCUUUGAUCUCUACUUCAUCCUGGAUAAGUCUGGAAGUGUCAGAAAUCAUUGGACUGAGAUAUACUCUUUUGUGGAAAGCCUAGCUGAGAAGUUCAUAAGUCCAAUGUUGCGGAUGUCCUUCAUCGUUUUUUCUUCACGAGGCACUACAGUCAUGAAGCUAACGGAAAACAGGGAAGCCAUAAGACGAGGACUCGACAUUCUUCAGCAUGAAGUGCCUGGAGGAGACACAUUCAUGCAUGAAGGAUUUAAAAGGGCAAAUGAGCAGAUUUACCAUGAAACUUACGGAGGAGUUCGGACCGCUAGUGUCAUUAUUGCUCUGACGGAUGGAGAAUUGCAAGAUGUUCAGUUUUAUUAUGCAGAACAAGAAGCCAACAGAGCCAGAAGCUUUGGAGCUAUUGUUUAUUGUGUCGGAGUGAAAGAUUUCAAUGAAACUCAGCUGUCAACAAUUGCUGACAGCAUCGAUCACGUUUUUCCAGUUACAGGAGGCUUUUAUGCCCUAAGAGGAACCAUUGAUUCAAUUCUCAAGAAAUCUUGCAUUGAGAUCCUAGCAGCUGAACCAUCGAGUGUUUGUGCAGGAGAAUCCUUUCAAGUUGUGGUAAGAGGCAACGGCUUCUAUCAUGCAAGAAAUAUCGACCAGGUACUCUGCAGCUUCAAGCUGAAUGACAGCCUUACUAUCAAUGAAAAGCCGACCCUCGUUCAUGAUACUUACUUACUUUGUCCUGCCCCAGUGAUAGAAGAUGCUGGACAGGUGGUUUUCCUACAAGUCAGCAUGAACAACGGGCUAACAUUUGUCUCCAGCUCUGUCAGCAUCACCAGCACACAGUGUCUGACUGGGACCAUCCUUUUCAUUGCUCUCCUGAUUCUCUUUCUGAUGCUGGCUCUGGCUCUCCUUUGGUGGUUCUGGCCCCUCUGCUGCACAGUGGUGAUAAAGGAGCCACCACCACCACCACCUCCAGAGCCUGAAUCGGAUGAUGAAGAUGGACUGCCAAAGAAAAAGUGGCCAACCGUGGAUGCAUCUUAUUAUGGAGGUCGAGGUGUUGGUGGGAUUAAGAGAAUGGAGGUGCGAUGGGGAGACAAAGGGUCAACAGAGGAAGGAGCAAAAUUGGAGAAGCCUAAAAAUGCUAUUAUUAAGCUGCCGGAACAGGAGUAUGAGCCAUGGGAACCCAAGCCAAAAAAGCCCCAUGUGAGAAAACCACCUUCCCAGCGGAAAUGGUACACUCCAAUCAAGGGCAAACUUGAUGCACUGUGGGCGUUGGUUCGAAGAGGCUAUGAUCAAGUCUCUCUAAUGAGACCGCAGCCAGGGGAUAAGGGAAGAUGCAUAAACUUCACUCGGGUGAAAUCAGAUGGAACCUCUGUCCCUUACAGCCCACCAUCAAAGCUGCCACGGCGUGACAAUGUUCCUCUCAACAAUGCUCCAAGGAAUCCUUCUCCUGUGUCUUUGCAGCCUCCUUCCAGGCAGCCACCUCCUGGACCACCCCCAUCCCGAGCCCCACCUGGACCUCCUCCUUCACGCCCACCCCCACAGCCCACGGCUUAGAGCGUGGCAAAACCCUGACCGAUAAAACAUGUCUCUUUGCUGAACGCGGCAUAUUUAUUGAGUAUUGGUUUACAGUUAAAGAUAUCAGAAUUUGUUGCUGGUCAGCAAAAAAAGAAGAAAGAAAAGAAAAAAAAAGAAAAAUUGCCAAGUGUCAAUUUUAGUGUAUGAAUAUAUUUAUACCACACGUGCUGAGUAAACAUUCAGUGGAUAGAUUCAGAGCUUUGGGGCAUAGAAACAAGCCAAAAUUAUCAUCUAGAUACAGUAGCAGUUUUUGUAUGUAUACAUUUGAAGAUCUAUUUACAUAUGACAUUUGUCUGACUUGAUAUGUCAGAUCAUUCAUUAAUAACUUUAGCUGGUACACGCGUAUCAGUUGUUUUGAUAGCUGCCACCUGCAAGUUGGUUAAACAUAGUUCAUUGAGGAAUUUGCUUUCUUUUCCCUAAGAAUACUGCAUCCAGAUGUUAAUAUGGAACAAUAAUUGCAAAGAUAGCUUCCUGCUUUUAAUUCUGCAGGUGGAAUUUCCAUGAAAGGUUAUAAGAAGGCUGUAAGAAUAAUGAGGUAAGAUGAGACUAUGUGCCAAUAAUUUAGCAACUGUAAACUACCAUAGUAAGAGAAAAUCAGUUUUGAGCCUGCCAUCUCUACACAUGUUUAGACUUGGUUGCAUAGGAUAGCCACUGAAGGCCAGAUAAUGGUUCUAGAAAUCCAAACCUGGAACAAGAUUUGAGUUCAGAUUUGUCUGAAGUUCAGAGGAAUUUUGAGGAAAAACGUUUUGGCUACAUGUUUAGUUUUCAUUUACAGAAAACAUGGUCCAAAACAGAGCAAAUAUACAUGCAAUUUAACCAUAAAUGCUGUAAUAUGCAAACAGCAUGUGUUAUUUAUAUCAGCAGCAUCGAGGGACUGAUUCCAUUGCUAUUUAAUUAGAUAAAUUUCCUUCUGAUCUUACUGUUGAGCAGAACUAGAUUCUCUUGUAACUGAAUAUGAAUUCCUCUAUGAGUAGCUCUUUCUUCAGACAACACUGAUUCCACCAAUAUGUAACCUUGCGGUCUACCUGUGAUUGAGAGGUAUGGUGCGAUUGGUCAGUAUGAGCUUUUAUCCAAGUUUUAUAUAAUGUUUGGCUAGAGGAUUUUGCAAACAUUGUGACUGCAGGCCCAUGACCUCAGUUUUGUGUGUCAUCAGAAAGUGAUGUGAGUACCCACACAGGGUUGGGAAUUUAUGACGCGGGACUAUGGGACAGCCCAUACGUAGUGUUCACUAAGCAAUACCUAAGUGGGUUGGGCCCAGAUCAUUCCCUAGUGAAUCAAAAUAACACCUGAGCUUGCUUUUUCUCCACCACUACUUAUCAUAUUGUAUUGGAGAGGAUGGCUGCAAAUCCCUAUCCUGGUUUGCUUUGGCACUGGCUGUCUUAUUAGGAUAGUUGUAGAAACAAUGAUUAUAUUGCAUUAUGAUACAGUGUAUACCUAUCUCUCCAUCUGUGUGUAGGUGUGGGUGUGUUGCACAUCACGGUAGCUAUUGGCACAGAAGACCAAUGUAAAUUACUAACUCUAUCAUGCAGUUACUCCAGAUUCAGGGCCUGUUCAUGCAAUUGUUACAGUCAUAUCAAGUCACUCUGGUACAAAUAGAAAUCAGGCUUCCUAUUUCCAGUGGAAGUCCCACUUGCAGAACACGAUACAAAGCUCUCACCAGUCUAUGCUGAUCACUGUGACAUGCCGUGUGUAUGCAGCUGAGGUUGUCAAAGAUAAACUCAGAAGAACCACAGAGCCUCUUUCUCCUCUUGCACUGCUCUGCUCUCUUGAGUUAUGCUCUUACCUCAUGUAUAUUGAUGCAGGUAGUGGAAUCACACUCACGGGUCCCAGCUGGCCUUGGAGCUGUUUCUAAUUUAGGCCUGAACUAGCAAAGCACCUCUGCAUGCAUUAAGUUGUCCUGCAGGUCAAGAGGAACAUCCUUAUGCACAAGUACUUUGCUGACCUGUGACUGCAUUGUGAUCAGAAAGGAGAACUGGGAUGCACUCAACCCUAUCCUCAUUCUUUUUAGUCACUUGAAUAGGGUCUGCAUAAUUUGGUCCAUAAGAAUGGAUUUUUGUACGGAGGAGAGAGAAGUGUGUGUGUAUGUGUGUGUGUUUGUGUAUCUGUGCUUGCGUGUGGGAAAUGUGUAGGCUUUUGUUUGGUUUCUCAUCCCUAACAAAAAUUGCUCAGAGUAGCACUCUUAUGAAUGGAAAGGCCUUUUGCAGCCAGUGCGAGACACAGUCAUUGCUUACUUGUCUCUGUUUCUUUCAGUUGAAAGGUGUAACUAAGACAUCCAAUUUUCCACUGCAGUUCUGGGGAAGCUCCACUUUUGACACCAGUGAAAGGAACUGGAUGACUGCAUUGAGGGGGUAGGGACCUGGAUGUGGAGAAAGGUGCUUUACAAGCAGAGAUCAUUGGCUACUGUUACUGUGGUUAUAUAGAAGCCUGCACAAAGUAAACUUGCAGGGUCUAGCACCAGCUGCAGUGUGUAUGUACAGUUGAACUUAACAGUCUCUCAUGUUGGAUGUCUAAGAAUAAGUAGCCAACAAAUGCUUACAGGGAACUGAAAUGGCAUAGGGUAAUAAAACCUAUUCCCCUGCCAGGACAAAAUAUGGCAUUUGAGGUUUAGCUGCUUGUAGGAAUGGGACCACUGCUGUGUAGAUGUCAAGUCUCGCAUUGGUAGGUCGUGAUGAGAUUGAAACAAUGAGGAAGCUCACAAAUUACGUAAUAAUACGAGGGAAGACUUGCUUAUAUAAUUGGUAUCUACUGAUAAUGUUAAAUUGAUGGGUCAGGAGUAAACUUUAGCUAAUGAAAAAGCCCGGAGCCAGAUUUGUAUUGUCUUGCACCUGUGCAGAUCUUGAGGAGGGUCAGAGUUGUUGCAAGUUUGCAUUGAUGUUAAUUUGUCUCACUUCCAGUGAGAAUGGAGGUAUUGGUUUAGGGAGGGCUUCUCAAUAUUAACUAUUUCUGCAUAACUUAUAAGUGCGGUGAGAAUAUGUGUGGUUUGGGCUACUAGGUGAUCAGAUACAUAUAUGAUAAAACAAGAAGCACCAUGAAUUUGAAAAUUAGAUUCAGCAUAAAUGGACUUCCCAGUAUACUGUAUAAAAGUAAGCCUUUGGUGUGUGACUCAAGUUUUGGCUGCAGCUUCUGUGAUGAGAGCAACACAGGUUUAGUUUGGCAGUAAAGCAGGAAGAAGAGAGGUGAAUCUGAACUGAAUUUCCUUUGCAAAGGUGAGGGCAGUGAAUAUGCUGCACUGGCUACAGAUGGCCUUUUGGUUGUGUAGAGAUGUAUCCAUUUGCAGUGAUCUCAGGCACUAUGACAAUGCAGUAGGAGAAACUGGUUGUUACUUUACUGUUUGCUGAGCUUGAUCUUACCUGGGGUAAAUCAACAUAGGCCAAUUGAUAUCAAAGCAGUAAUACUGGUGUCUUGUCAGCUGAGAGCUGGCUCAAAAUAAAUGAAGGGAAAGAAUCCCUCUAACUGGCUUGAUAUUUUACUGUUUGUUUCACUAUGCUUGUAUGUCGGUUACGAUUACUGUAGUUACACUGCUAAGAAAUGUUCUCACAUGGAACGAUCCCCCUGUAUUUUCCAUCAUAUGGCAUCAUUAUUUGCAAAAAGUGAGUAUCUAACGUUUCCCCAACUCCAAGAGAAAAUGUGGAUUCGGGGCACUUUCGGCUCACACUUAGCACAGAUGUGAAAUGACACAAGGUGCAAAGCAGCAGGGAGGGAAACCCCAUGUGUUUAAAGCUGAUACAGAACCACAUUGAUCAAAGCAUAUUUAUAGCUGUCUUUCAAUCUCAGUGCAUGCAUUGCCAUCUGUGGGAGUAGCCUGCAGAGCAGACGGUCCUAAAUGUAAAAGGGAAAAAAAGAGAAAGGAAAAGAAUCAGCUCCUUAUCUGAAUGAGUGAGCAUAACAAUGAAUGACAUUAUUUCAUGAACUGUACCAGUUCAAAUGCAUGUGCACCUGGUGCUCCUAAUGCUUUUUACUCCUGUUGGUCUUUAGGCAACAUGAUCCAUAAUAUGCUUUCUGUCUUUAAUCAUUUGCUGAUUUUGUUGUUGUCAUUGUGUUUUUGUUUUUGUUUUUAAAAAAAACACUUUUCACUGAGAAAACAGCCCUACUUCUGUAAAUAUAGAGUUUAAUUUGGAGGAGACAACACACUUCUGGAUGUCACUGCUGGACAGUUAUUUAUUAAAAGGGGCUUAAGAUGAAUAAAUACAGGUGGCUCAGGAUACAUGCAUGCAAGUGUGAUAAUGCAGUAUAGCAUUUUCAGAUCUCUGUAGCUUUUGGGGAAAGGGAUUUUUUGGGUCAUCCUAGUUUGUUUAGAAGUUUGUUACUGAUCUGAUACUUUUGAGUAAUACAAUAGAGAUUCCUAACAUAUAACAGCGCUUGAACAGAUGUGUAGAUUAUGAUGGAUUUUUCAUUUGGGGGGGGGGGGGAGGGGCUAGUGAAGGAGAAAUGUUUUAGUUUUUUAGGAAAAAAUGUACUGUACUAAAUUUUUUUUUUAGAAAAAAAACAUGUGUUUUCAGAAACAGUGAGGGUGUGGGCUGAUAGACAGCCAGGACAUGGAGAUGGGGGACAGGGGUAGCGAUUGGAUUUUUGAGGGACAAAGAAGUUUUCAUGGCGUUAUGGGUUUGUUAUUGGUGUAUGUGGUACAAAUUUGUGUAUCUGACAUGCUGCUUCCAUGUUAUAAUCAUGUAGCCUUUAUACAUUUUAUGCGCCUGCUCCAUUUUUCUGAGAAAACCUUUCAAAUGUAAUGCCUGCACACAAAUGUGGGAGAUGUAGCCAAAGCCUUAUAAUCCAAUGUAAUGUAGUCUUAAUGGAUUAAAAAUAAAAAAUAAAAGUG